AUGAAGGCGGUUCUGCAAAGGGUGCUUUCUAGUUCCGUUACAGUCAACGAUCAGGUGGUGUCCGCGAUUGGCAAAGGCGUCCUCGUUCUCGCUGCUAUUGGCCCAGAUGACUCGAAGAAAGAUGCGGAAAGGAUGGCUUCCAAAAUUCUCAAGAUGAGACUAUGGCCUGAUGAGAACGGGUUGCAGUGGAAGAAAAGCGUACAGGACAUCGAUGGUGAAGUCUUGUGUGUCUCACAGUUCACCUUGUUUGCCUCCACAAAAAAAGGUAAUAAGCCGGACUUCCAUGGAGCGGCCAAGCCAGAAAUUGCAAAGGAACUCUAUGAACACUUCCUCAGCUCCAUUCGCGCACAAUAUCUUCAGGAGAGGGUGAAAGAUGGUAUUUUCCAAGCCAUGAUGCAAGUUGCUCUUGUAAACGACGGACCAGUAUGUGCACAAAAAGCAAACUCCCCUAUUUACUGCGCUUGUCCUGCAAAGAAGAUCUCCGCCCCAACCACUCAGGAGAAUUCUCGAGUUCCUUCACCAGGUCCAGAGCCCAUCAGCUAG